ACUGUAAUAGCUAGUUAGAGUUUUAGGUUUUAGGCACACAUAACAAAUUGAGAAUGAGUCCGAGCACUGUGAUUGUCGUGGCUCUAAUGCUUAUCUUUGCAGGGUAUACAACAGCACAAUUUUCCCGUAUAUGUUACCAUAAUUGCGUGAAGAAUUGUCACGAUCCAAACACUCGAGAUGCAUGUGUCCACGAUUGUAUUAGAAAAUGUAUUCCUCCCAAUCCUUCGAAUGCUAAUGAUGUUUAUUAUUGCAAUGUCGGGUGUUCCCUUGACCAGUGUACCCAAUUUGGCAAAGAUGUGAAGAAAGUUGGGAGUUGUGUGGGCAAUUGCUUUAGAAAUUUCUGCGGCAAGCACUCUUAGUCUCUUUUACUUGGAUUUGUUCUUUUGGAUGAUUGGUUGGAAAGAAUAAUGUGACUGUGAUGGUAUAAAAGAAUUGAAUAAUG